CAUGGAUGCCAUGGAACAUGCACAGCUUAUGAGACAAGCUGGGAACCAGGAUUUUAAAAAUGGAAAUUACUCUUUGGCCAUCAGAAAGUAUGAUCAAGCUCUACAUAUGCUCGGUUAUUUAAUGCAAUGGGUCCCGUGUUCCAGGGACAUAGCUGUCUUACACUGCAACAAAUCAACUGCCUUGUACAAUCUUGGUAAAUGGACAGAAGCAGUGUUUUCAGCCUACCAGAGCUUACACUGGGAUCCGGAGUACGUUAAGGCUUAUUAUAGAGCUGGCCACUCAUUGAUCAUGUUAUCAGACUCUUAUGAGGCAAUUUCUAUGUUUCAUAAAGGUUUGAUUCUCCUGAAUGCUUCUGCAGAUCGAACUCAAGUUGCUGAUUUUGUAGCUGGAAUCUUCAUAAGUGUCAAUGAUGAACAAGUCUUCCCACCAACUUUUCCACCUGCAUACGAUUAUAUUUUCAGUGCAAGGUUUGAUGCACUGACUUGGCAAGCGGUGAUAGAAAGGUUGGCCCAGAAAGGGAAGUGGCGGUCUUGUCUGUUGUUGUUGUCUGAGAAGAAAGCAUUGCCUGCUAAUCUCAGAGUCAACCAGUUAUCACUGAAGAAUCUCUUUGAGACUUCUGAAUUAUAUGGGCAUGGUGAGAAGAUGCAAGAAGUGGCAGAGUUAGUCAAGUGGCUAAUUUCCAUUGGGGCGAAAGUUGAAACCAUUGGAGUGUAUCCGCUUCAUGCUGUUAUGAGAUUGUGUAUCAAAGCAAGGAAGAACCAUCUCUUCAGGUGGUUACUGACUCAGAGGCCAGACUUGAAGGAUAGGAUCAACCAGCAAGACAGAGAUGGAUCCACCCUCCUGCAUAUUGUGGCAUCUUCCAGUGAAUAUUUCCAGAAACGCA